CACGGGGCUCGCUCCGGACGGGGGGAGAGAAUCCAAAGAGCGAACCCAGCGGCAUCAUAUCCCUCCCACCGGCGCAGCACUGCACACGGAAACGGCCAAAGGAGAGCAGGAGCGGAGCGGAGCGGAGCGGAACGGGGGGCGAUGGGGAAGUACAUGCGCAAGUGCAGGCCGGGGGAGGAGGCAGCGGUGGGCGGCGUGGAGGUGACGCAGGCCGUCGGCGUCCGGACCCGGUCGCGGGCGGCCGCGGCCAACGUCGUCGUGUCCAAGAGGAGGAGGCCGUCGCUGCCGCCCAGCUCGCCCCUGGGCGGCGGCGCCGCCGCCGCUCGUGCCCAGAGCGGGAGCUGCUACCUCAAGCUGCGGAGCCGCAUGCUGUUCAUGGCCCCGCCGGCGCCGGCCUCGGCCUCGGUCUCCGCCGCCCGCCACGGGGCGGCGCCGCUACCGGCCGGCCUCUCGCGCUGCUCCAGCACGGCGUCGUCCGUGGACGCGUCGGCGGCUGGUCAGGACAGGAGCCUCCCGUCGUGCGGCUCCGACGCCGCUGCCAAGGCAGGCGUCCCCGAGGGCUCGGCGAGCAACAACGCGGAGAGCGGCGGCAACCGCGAGAGGAGAGAGACGACGCCGUCCAGCCAUUUCCCGGGCGACCUGAGCGACCUGGAGUCGGAUCUUGCCGGGAGCGGCCGGUCAUCACUUCCGCAAACACCGGCCACCCAGGUCCAGGUCCAGGCCGCCGCGAGGGCGAGGGUCCCGCCGGCGGCAGAGAUCGAGGAGUUCUUUGCGGCCGCCGAGGAGGCUGAGGCCAGGCGCUUCGCUUGCAAGUACAACUUCGACGUGGCGCGCGGUGUGCCGCUGGACUCCGGCCGGUUCGAGUGGACCCCGGCGGUGAGCAGCAGCUAGCUAGCUAUCUCAAUUCUCAAAGCGAGCGCGUGAGAGCGUGCAAAGGGGGGAGAGAAGCUGUAGCUAGAAAGUCACUCACUGUAGAGCUGGGGCGCCGGCCGGCCGGCCGUCCGUGUAGAAAGGCGAAGGGAAAAAGAUGCUCGGGAAAGAAGAAAAGAAGCAUUAUAGCCUAACCAACCAACCAACCAACCACCGAUUCAUCAGCAACUUUUUCAUUCGCUCACACUCACUCACAUACUCUCACCAUUAUCACCUCUCACACCCCCUUCUGAUUUCCCCAGCAGCUAGCAGUAGCAGUUUUACUUCCCUACUGGAGUACUUAUCUUUGACGACAGGAUAGAUCUCUCGAUCGGUCCCUUACUGUAAUUGUCACUUGGUAGUUAAUUACCUUACAUGUAUUUGCCUGGAUUUUUUUCACUGUACAUCGUCAGCUUGUAGCAGCAGCAGCUUCUGGCUGCGCCGCAGAUCUAUAAUUUGAUUUGAGUGAA